ACCCUUCGUUGUUAACGGCUUUCAGUAAAGCUCUGGCUUUGGGGACUGACGCGGUCAAGAGCGACUCCGACUCCAGCAGUAUGUCUGACAAACGCCAGGCCGGCCAUGUCCAGUCUCAGCGAGUCCCCGAGUCCUUCAGGGAUAAUUCCAAGGCAGAACUGGGACCUUGUGGAUGGAUUUUGGUGGCUGUCUCGUUCAUCUUCAUGCUUAUAACUUUCCCAAUAUCAAUUUGGAUUUGCAUAAAGAUUGUGAAGGAGUAUGAAAGAGUGAUCAUCUUCAGACUGGGCCGCAUUUUGCAAGGUGGCGCCAAAGGACCUGGGUUGUUCUUCAUCCUGCCGUGCACUGACAGCUUCAUCAAGGUGGACAUGAGGACCAUCUCCUUCGAUAUUCCGCCACAGGAGGUGCUCACUAAGGACUCGGUGACCAUCAGCGUGGAUGGUGUGGUCUAUUACCGUGUUCAGAACGCAACCCUGGCUGUGGCAAAUAUCACCAAUGCAGAUUCGGCAACCCGUCUUUUGGCGCAAACCACCCUCAGGAAUGCGCUGGGCACCAAGAACCUGGCUCAGAUCCUCUCUGACAGAGAAGAGAUCGCACACCACAUGCAGAGUACUCUGGAUGACGCCACAGAUGACUGGGGAAUAAAAGUCGAGCGUGUGGAGAUUAAGGACGUGAAGCUGCCAGUACAGCUCCAGAGAGCCAUGGCUGCAGAGGCAGAGGCCGCCCGGGAGGCUAGAGCCAAGGUGAUUGCAGCCGAAGGGGAAAUGAAUGCAUCCAGGGCUCUGAAAGAAGCAUCCAUGGUUAUCACGGAGUCUCCUGCUGCCCUUCAGCUCCGGUACCUUCAAACCCUGACCACUAUCGCUGCGGAGAAAAACUCCACCAUUGUCUUCCCUCUGCCCAUCGACAUGUUGCAGGGCAUUAUGAGUUCCCACCACUGAGCAGUCCAGCUCUAUGGGAGAGCUGUGCUGAGUCCUUCCCAGGGUAAAGAGGGGACAAAGUUAGCCUUUAACUCUUGGGGAGAUUAGCUGAAAGCUUGACUGUCCCCCUCCCUCUCCUUUCCUGUAUGUGCACUGUAGGGGCUCUUAGAAUGGGCAGGGAUCAUAAAAGCAGAUGAGAGACUCGCUCUGGAGCCAGGAGUGCAGCUCAGUCGCAGAGCACUGGCUUAGCCCGUUCAAGGCUCAGGGCUUCAUCCUCAGCACCAACAAAUAAACAAAUAGGCAAGUCAGGGGAAGGGACGCGUCUGAGCCCAGGUAAACACUCUGUGACACUGAAGAACUGUGCCACCCACUUCUCUGGCCGCCUGUGCCUUCCCUUCAGGGGAUCCUUAGGAUCGUUUUGUUUUGUUUUGAGAUAGGGUUUCUUAGAGUAGCCUUGGCUGUCCUGGCCUUGAACUCAGAGAUCCCCCUGCCUCUGCCUCCCCAGUGCUGGGACUAAAGGCGUGGGCCACCACCACCUCUCCCUUUAGGAAAUCUUAAGGAAGGACAUUUCCCCAAAGUUCAUCCACCCACUCUAUUCCUCUCCCUCCUCCAGCUUGAUCCUGUCAGAGCCAACAAAAAGGCUCACGCUGGCCCUUCCGAGACCGAAGGUCACUCCUGUCAUAGUCCUUUUGAAAAUAGUAGUUGCAGUUUUUAAAAACCGUCUUGGGCCUCCGCCCCACAACCUAAUGAUCCCUGUGUGUGGCCUUGUUUAAAGCAGCGAAUCUCUGCCACAGGAGUGCUCCCUUCUCACUCUCGCAUAUUUUCAUGGAUCAGGUUUUUAAAUCGUUUUGAAUUUUAAAAAUAACUUUGAGUUCUAUCAAUAAAAGUUUAUGUCCAUUUGAUUGGCUCAAGUAUUGAAGAACCUUUAAAUUCCUUAAGAAAGCCCUAUCCUCUGCUUCCUGCAUACCGGUUACUACUAGACACCGCGAUACCUUUGAUUAUUAAUCCUACUUUAGCAGCACAGGGAAUUCCUAACACGUGGGCUUGUGAUUGGUCUUGCACAGACACCCAUGCUGAGCUCCGUGCAGAGGUGAGGCUUUUGUUUGAUUAGUUUUGUGGGUUGUUUCUCAUAUAAAACAUUGAUACCAACAGAGGAAGUGUUCCACACCACUGGACAUGGAGCACACACCCUGUUCCUAAGCCCUGUGCCCAGCUGGGUGUUUAGAGAUGUGUAGAGCGCGUCCACCCAGACGCAAGUUGCAUUUACAUUUUGAAUUUAAAAUGAUGGUGUUAUCUGUUUGGAGAAGUGGCUCGCCCUACACUGAGGACCAGGAAACCCUGUGUCCUGGGGAAAACACCUCGGAGGUAGGAAACAGUGCCCUUGGUCUUCUAAAUUUCCCGUCCAGACACCAACUGGCCUUCGCUUCUGUGCCUUGUGAAUUAGUAAUCCAGUAGGCUAAAAUCAGUCACAGGGAAGGGUGAAGAAAAGCAAGUCCGUAGGAAGGGGUGCUGGUGUGAGGGUUUCCACACAUCCUCCCCUUCGGCUGUGUACAAUAAAGUGUGUGCCCUGUGACCCGA